AUGCAUGAAGAACAUGAGGAGGUUGAUUUAAGUGACGAUUUGGAAAUAAUUAAUGUUAAUCAGAAUACUAAUACUUUUAUUCAAACUGAUAACAUUGAAGUUGACAAUGGUGAAAAUAGCAGAAGACAGUCUACAAGCAUUAGAGGAAAUAAUAAUAGUAAUCAUUUUCCACCACCACCACUUUUUUCUCCAUUAGUGCAUAGAUACAAUUUGCAUAAUGCUAUUGUUAAAUUACCUCAUGAAUUAGAAUUAUUGUCAAAUUUGUCACCUAUUUCAAAUUUUAUGCUUUUUUUUACAAGUGAAAUUUUUAAUCAACUUGUUGAAAAUUCUAAUUCAUAUGCAAUUAAAAAGAGUGCUGGAACAGGGAGAGAUUGGUAUCUAUUAAGUGUCCCUGGAUUGAAAAUUUGGAUGGCAUUGUUAAUAUAUAUGGGUCUUUUUAAAUUUCCAUCUGUUGAUGAUUAUUGGAAUUUGAAUGACAGGUCUCCUAAACAUAAAAUAACCCAAUAUAUGUCACUAUACAGAUUUGAACAGGUAAAAUUACCACAAAUGUAUGUUUAA